UGGUGGGUCUGCCUCUGCUAAUGAGUUUGUCCUGGCUUUGCCUCUGUGAUGGUGGGGGAGCGUCUUGCUUGCGCUCCUGUGUCGUGAGGUUCUCCUGUGAUCAUUGUCGUGUGAGGAAACCUUCUUGUUCCCUGUCGUGUUCAUUUUUGCGAAUUUGGUAUCGUCAUGGUGAUGAAAGGAACCAAAUAGUGGUGAGUUCCCUGCCCUACAUCAAGAUGGCAGGGGCACCUCCUCCUCCUCCGCCUCCUUUCCUCCAGGGGGCCACUGCUGUGGCUGCAGCGAGCGUGAGUGGAGGGGGUUUUCCACCCCCGUCUCCGCACUUCACGCACCCUUUCCACCACAUCAUCCCCCGCCCCUCGCACUUCCCCGGGUUGCCAAAUUCGGAGGCUCUGUUGAACUACACCUUCCCUUCGGAGGCAGACACUCUUGCCUACGUGGACGCCCUCAAGCACUCCGAUCUCAGUGACUGGAGGUCCCUGCAGGAGGUAGCUGCCCGAGCGGGGGGUGGGUCUUGUUCAGGGGCUGUGACGACCUCGGUGCUGACCGCUCUGUAUCUCCUCGGCCUGUUCAACCUCUGCGCUGCUUCCCCGGCCUCCUGCUGCGUCCCUCCGGCCUCCGGAAGGAGGCGACGGCGAAGGACUGUGGAUGCCACCCUGCCUCCUUUGCUGAACAACCUACAACACAACCUGUCGAGUCUCUCGUUGGAGCAGUUUCGAGAUUUACCUCACGUCACGACUCCCGAUGGAGGCCGCAUACCAUUGCAUAUAUCGGUGGUCGAACAGGUGCGGAAAUUAUGGGAUUCGAACCCACGUCUCCUAUCUUCAGUGUCUUGUUCGUCACCGACCGAGUCUGUGAGGUCUUCCUUUAUUUCCCUCAGUGGGGUGGCAUCCGGCAUCAUCCUGGCAUACAGCGUAGCGCAGCUGACGCAGUGUUACCCUGAUGACACCCCAGAUCCGCACAUCGCUCCUAAAAUUUGGUUCUUCCCCAUUCCCAAUACAACCCCGCCCCCUAAAUACCCCGUGAUUACAAUACCGUCCGAAAUUCCUGUCAAAGGUGACGAUGAAGAGGAUGACGGAUGUGAAAGGAACGAAGUGCCCUUAGGAUACGACAAAUGUGCCGCUUUGCUGUCGGCGGACAAUUGUCCCUACAAACACUGGGUCCUUCUGAACAAGGAGACUGGCAUGGGUGAAUGUGUGCCUCGCUUGUGUUCUGAAAAUUUCGUGUAUGUGGAAGCUGAUGAAAUGUGUCAUGAUAUCAACGAGCCUGGUAUUUGUCCUGGAAACAGGAGACUUUACCUCACUGCCUCAGGAAAUGCUAUUUGUGAUUGUCCCGAAGGGAUGUUCCCGGGACCACAGGACACCUGCUACUUCCUUCACGAGCCAGCCUACUGUUUCAAAGGGUCAGUCCUGCAGUUUGACAAGCCAACAAAGUCUCUAGUGUGCAGACCUGACCCUUGCGGCCACAUCAACAAUAACUUGUGGCCAGACGACCUUCCCUAUGCACCUCAUAAAGACGGAUUUUGCUAUCAGUUUAAUGAGCAAGGACCAUGUAAGAAAGGUCAAAGGUUUGGUUUUGACUCUGAUAAGUUAGAGGCAUCAUGUGUUUCCAUGUUGGAGGCUGGGCUGCUUCGUCCAAGAAGAUCGUACAUGUAUCAGGAAAUGUCUUACCCAGCAACCCAAGAUCAGUACCCGCAUUAUCAGGUCUCCUAUAUCAUAGUGAAUGGAUCGACGUGGGCUUUGGAAGUGAAGGGCAUAGGGCGUAAAAGAAGGGACACCCACCCUUCCUUGACAUCCCCUCAUUAUUUGCAAGAUGGGGAGAUGGCAGUUCCCUUCAUUGAUACCAGGGAUAUAGCGAGAGUUCAUCCCUUCAUGAAGCCCAGAAUACCGAGAUGGGUCAUCAACAGACGCAACAGGAGAGGAAGCAACCACAGCAAAGGACAGAAGAGUGAAACGAGGAGCCAGAGUAACAGGACAGCCCGCGCAAAGGGCGAUGAGGGAACGGAUAGAGUCACUGUUGCUGAGAUACCUUUGAGUUCUCUGGCUGUAGCGGACUCAGGGCCUCUGCUUUCAUCCAUAUUUGGCACAGGCAGAUCCGCCGCGGAUGAAGAUAGGGUUGUGAGAAGUUCACCCGAACAGGCCAGUCAAAAGAAGAAAGGGACCAAAAAUGCAAAAACACCAAAAGGGAGUAGGAGAGGCAGAAAACACGAUCAGAAAACGGAGUCCAGUUCAGGAGGAAGUGAAGGCAGCAGUACACUGUUCGAGGUCAUCCAGAACCACAGAGAGGAACAAAUUACGACUUCCCUUGGAAGAGGUGAAACUCCAAAAAGUAGAGAAGUAGUAAAAGUUGAUCAGACAGAGGCAUCCUUACCUGUUGUUGUCCAGGAAGUGACGCAAUCCCCAAGAGAGGAAAGAGGACGAAGUAAAAAGAAAAACAAAGGUUCGUCAAAAGUCAGGAAGAAGAAGAAGAAACAUCGGCGUAACCGCGGCAGAAAUCGCGGCCGAGGAAGAAGACGAGGAGGCAGGAAAAAACCAAACAAAUCCAAGAACGGCACAAAGACAGAUCAUGAUCGCAAGAGGAAAAAUCCUAAGUUGCCGCAUCGUGUGCCAACGAUUCAGCCGCCUGCCGACGGAAACACGACUUUAGUUACUGCAAGCGGCGCCGGUUCAAACCUCACUGUUGGUGAGGAGAUCAGUGGCAUAACGAUGGAUUCCAGAAAACCUGUUGUUAAAGGAAGCAGUGACAGUUCCUUAGGUGUUCGUGAUCGCAGUCCAAAAAGUGAUUCAGACGGUGCCGUUAGAACUAAGCCUCACAGGGUCAGUGAAACUGACAGUGACAAUGGUGUGUACGAAGAAGAAGAAAAGGAAAAUCAAACUUCCUCUUCAGAAACUACAUUACCUAAAUAUCUCCGGCACAGGGGGAGACGGCAGCUUGAAGGGGGUGGCAUUAUUCAGGCGCCAUUGUUAAGUGCCUGUAAGCCUGGUGCUAAGAGAGAUUAUAACUACAAGUGUCGACCAAAGUUUAUUCCUCAAGAGCGAGACCGUCACACAGCAACGAGUGUUGGUACGUUAGGCAACACUGCCCCUCGUCCUCCGAGAAUUUCCUGCCCUGAGGGAACAAGGUUGGAUCCUCGCGGAAAGUGCCAGCAAGUCAGCUGAUUAAAACUUUUAACCAGCCUUUGGGUCAGGCCCCUAUUGUCAAGGCUAAGCUCUGGUUCACUUCCCAGAGCUUGAAAUAACAACUAGAAUGUUGACGCAUGGACAAAUUUGGUCAAAUAUGCCUGUCUUUACGCUUAUACACGGGCAAUUGAUAUAAAACGGAUAUCACGUAAAAGCCGAGAAAAAAAAUCUGUUUUAUUAUGUGUGUGAGAAAGUGAAGUUUCUGAUGUGAAACUCAUACCUACUGAUAUUUCAAACGAGUAAAUCUUUCAAGUAAAAAAAAA